GCCCGAGGGUUAUCUCAACUCCCUCCGGAUGAGAGCAUACGAAGCGAAGCACGACAUGACCAGGCCUAUUGUUACGCCAACGGUCAGUCAAGACAGCACAUGCUCCACACAUGCAGCAUCCACUAGGACUUGAGGAAACAGAGGCCAGAGCCAGAAAGAGAUCGUUUGGCUUUGUUCCGGCGGGGUCAACUUCUUUCUUCCCCCGCCCCCUUUUUUUUCUUUUUUUUUUCUUCCUCUUCUUGCGCUCCCACGAAAAACCGCAUUACCACACAGCGAGUCCAUCCCCUAGGCUAGAAAAUAUAUUUGUUUCUAUGAAUUCUUGGUCCUUGUACAGAGAACCCCCGCAAACUCGUGAGAGUCUUUGCUAUUAGAUGUACGCUGUAUGCGUUUCAAAACAAAAUUGUUGCCACCCUCAUAUCAGGAAGCCUCCCCAUGACAAACAAACAAACAAAAAAAAAAAAAAA